AUUCGAUCUCCUUUGACGUUAGCGAUUCGGCAUUCCUUGUUCCUGCUUGCUUGACGGCGGAGAGGGUCGCCUCACAUGCUGGCGCCAUCUUCGGUGUCUCCUUCCUCAAACCACUAGUCCGGAUACCUGUCGAUACGAGACCUCCCUUCCUCGUGCCUUCUCCCUUCUGGGCUCCCUCAGCGCAGGAGCUGGUGACGGCUUUCAUCUCCUGCGUCCAUUCUCUGAUUCUCCCUUCUUGUCCAUAGAGUCUAUCACCGCUGCAUCACAUAAUGAGUGCCUCCGAAAGCAUACCUCCCUCUAAUGGCAGCUCCAAGCCCUCGGUAUUGCUCGUGGGCGGUCUUGGAUAUAUCGGUCGCUUCGUAGCAAAGUACAUUCAUUCUCAGCAUCUUGCUUCUAGCGUUCGCAUUGUCGAUAAAGUCCUUCCCCAGCUAGCCCACCUUGCGCCGGAGUUCGACGAACCAUGUUCACCCAAGUUCUUCAUACAGGCUGAUGCCUCGCGCGAGGCUUCCAUGUCGCGCAUAUUCGAUCAUCCUGACGGGCCCGAUGCUACUUGGGACUAUGUCUUCAACCUUGCAGCCGAGACCGCUUGGUCACAAACCCCGGAGAUAUACAGACUGCGCUCAUACCAGGUCAGUGUCACAUUAGCGAAAGAGGCGGCCAAACGUGGGGUCAAAGCUUUUGUCGAGAUAAGCACCGGCAUGGUCUAUGCUCCUCAUCGGACGCCGCGCACGGAACAAGACAAAUUGAAGCCGUGGCUGAAGAUUGCUAAGGUCAAGUUGGAAGCCGAACAAGAGCUGGCAAGAAUACCAGGACUGAAUCUAGUCAUUCUGCGUCCGGCGCACGUCUACGGAGAGUAUGACUCCAAGUUCAUCGCGAAAGCCUUGUGUAUGGCGCGGGUCUACCAGGAACAAGACAAGGAACUCAAGUGGCUGUGGACUGAAGACUUGAAGAUCAAUACUGUCCAUGUCGAGGACGUCGCAAGAGCGUUGUGGGCAGCCGCCAAAUGGCUGUCGACCAAUUCAACUAUACCCGCCUCUUCCCCCACGACCAGCAGAAGAUCGACGUUGGGCUCCAAAGGCGAAGACGGGCCUGGUAACAAUGUACCCGUUUUCAACAUUGUCGAUCAUGGUCAGACGAGUCAGGGCGACCUUGCUGAUAUAGUUUCAAAGGUGUUCGGCAUCAAGACUGGGUUUCAAGGGUCCUUGAUCUCGCAAUUCGCAAGAAUGAAUCUUGACCAUGUCGUUGACGACCUCAAUGAAGACAUUUUACAACCCUGGGCUGAAAUGCUGGAACAAAAGGGCAUUACCAAGCCUGGCCCCUUGACUCCGUUUCUGGAGAAAGAGUUGCUUAAGGACGCAGACCUCAGCCUCGACGGCAGUCUUUUCGAGAGGGUCACCGAUUUCAAGUAUGAACGAGCGGGCGGCUUGACCGUCGAGGGCAUUAAGGAGAUGAUAGCCAGCUACGAGAGGAUGGGUUGGUGGCCUUGAAAUCGGCUGUGUGGUUUCCCUUCUGUUUGAAGCCUCUCUUUCCCUUCGUUAUGCAAUCGGGUUGUGAAAAAACCUGGCCGACCACAUAUGUUGGAGGCGGAUCAUUAUUGUACUUAUUCGCUAUUCUGACGGUUUAUACGACUGCGGUCACCAGUCCGCACAAGAACUUGCGUUGCACGAGCAUAGCGAAACAGGAGUUUUUGGAAUUCAAUAGUUGUUAUUCGGAAUAACAUACAUCUUGUCAA